GUGUUGGGUCGGCUUCCGGAGAACUUCAACGGAGCCUCCAGAGGCCCACAAGGAGCCGAAGAGUCCUGGCCAAUCAGAGUGUGAUGGAACGUUCUAGAAUUCCAACGUGGCGUGCUACUAUUGGUCGGUAGCAUAAUGUGUUGUUAUCGGAUUGGCUGUAAAAUGAUGUUGAUUUAACAGACGCCAAAAUCUAUAAAUACCCAUGAUUUUCUGUACAAAAAUGAACCUUGGAAUAAAGUGCUUUCUCUCAUUCUUGUGUCUUCUCUCUGGAGUUCAAGUCGCUGUGUAGUUCUAGACUGCGGGUUAUCGGAAUAGCUUAGGAAUCGUAUAUAGCGUUCAACCUUACACGACUUAUCAGUGGCGACGGGGAUGAAAACUUCAAUGAAUAUUUCCUUGGAGCAAUUAGAAGCUUAUAUGGUGCGUCAAGAAAAGAGGUUUGAAGAGUCCCAUAUUAGAAUCAUGGAAACCCUGAUGCAGAAAUUCUGCCUGUCCGAGAAAAACCCUGCUUCUAGUGAAUCUCAAGUAUCACAUACUGAUUCAGUCAUUAACGCCAUCCAUGAAUUUAAUUUUGAUGGUGUAGCAGGUGUAACUUUCGAGUCGUGGUUUAAGAAGUAUGAAGAUUUGUUUUAUAUUGAUCUUUGCAAACUGGAUGAUGCUUCAAAAGUCAGAAUACUUCUUAGAAAACUUGGGACUAUGGAACAUGAACGCUAUAGCAACUUCAUUCUUCCGAAGAACCCACGAGAUUUUAGUUUUGAUGAUACAGUCAAAACCCUAUCCCAAAUCUUCGGAGAACAAUCAUCUCUAUUUAAUAUCCGUUACCAGUGCUUAAAGUUAACGAAAGAACCAGGAGAUGACUGGGUGAAGCAUGCAGGAACUGUGAACCGAGAAUGUGAGAGAUUUAGAUUGUCGUCCAUGUCUGAAGAUCAGUUUAAAUGCUUAGUAUUUAUCUGCAGCCUGCGUUCACCCGAAGAUGCCGAUAUCCGAACCAGAAUCCUAAGCAAACUCGAACACUGCCCUAACAUGACCCUGCAAGAAGUGACUACUGAGUGCCAAAGGUUAGUAAACUUAAAGCAUGAUACCUCAAUGGUAGAAAACGGUAACUGUUUCCAUAACGUCAAUGCAGUCAAGAGAAAAGUCUUUCAAGGUUCCAGUACCCAUAAUUUUCAAAAUAACAGCGACAAACCAUCAUCUCCAUGCUGGGCAUGUGGAGGUUGGCACUAUAAGAGGUUUUGCCCAUAUAAAGAACAUCGUUGCAGCAAAUGUCAUCGGAAGGGGCAUAAAGAAAACCUCUGCAGGAGAAGAGACUAUAGACAACAUUCCUUGAAAUCUUACUCAAAGAAAUACAGAUAUAGUGCUCCAACCAAUAAGAUAUUGGUAUCACAUAACACGGCACGAAGUUGCCGCCGAAGAAAGUACGUAACCUUGGAUAUUAAUAAACACCGUACCCGCCUUCAGCUGGACACAGCUUCUGAUAUUACUUUAAUCAGCCCAGAAACGUGGAAGAACAUUGGGAGACCCACAGUUUUCCCAACAACACAGCUGGCACACAGUGCAUCUGGGGGGAAGUUGAAUAUUGUUGGAGAAGUGCCAUGCACUGUUUCUAAAGGUACGGUAACAACAAAUGCAACAUUGUAUCUUACUAAGAAGCCAGCACUAGACUUAAUGGGGUUGGACCUUAUAGAAACACUUAAACUAGCAGAUCAUUCUAUCAACAGUAUCUGCAGACGAGUAAGUACAGACAACACCCCAGAAUGGAAUCAGAAAAACGCCAUGCUACAAAGACAUCAAAACGUGUUUAGAGAAGGAUUGGGAGAAUGUACGAAAGCCAAAGCACUGUUAACUCUAAAGCCUGCAGCUACUCCCGUUUUUCGACCAAGGAGACCCGUACCAUAUGCUGCUCUACCAGUGGUUGAACAAGAACUAGAACGACUUCAGAAACUAGGUGUCAUUGAACCAGUGAAUUUCUCAGAAUGGGCCGCACCGAUAGUAGUAGUAAAGAAGACUAAUGGUAGCGUUCGUUUAUGUGCCGAUUACUCAACCGGGUUGAAUGAAGCCUUAGAAACUCAUCAGUAUCCAUUACCCUUACCUGAAGAUCUUUUUGCUAAACUGAACGGAGGUAAGCUUUUUGCAAAGUUGGAUUUAUCAGAAGCUUAUUUACAAAUCCCUGUUGCUGACGAGUCUAAAAACCUGCUUACCAUAAACACACACAAGGGUCUAUUCCGGUAUAAUCGAUUACCCUUUGGAGUCAAGACGGCCCCAUCCAUAUUUCAGCAAAUAAUGGAUACUAUGCUACAAGAUGUUUCAGGUGCUGCAGCUUACCUAGAUGAUAUAAUAAUUAUGGGAGUAGAUAGAGUAGACUUAGAAAAGAAGCUUGACCAGGUGCUGACACGAAUAGCCGAAUAUGGACUUCGACUUCGUCCAGAGAAAUGUGACUUCUGUAUGCAAAAAGUACGUUACCUUGGGUUUAUAAUCGACAAAGAUGGAAGAAGACCAGAUCCGGAGAAUACCCAGGCAGUGAAAACUAUGCCCAGACCGACGGAUGUCACCACACUACGAUCCUUCUUGGGACUAGUUAGCCAUUAUGGAGCUUUUAUCCCAAACCUUCAUCAAUUACGUGCCCCCCUGAAUAACCUUCUGGUGAAGAAUGUAAAAUGGAGUUGGUCUGCAACUUGCCAAGCUGCUUUCGAUGAAAUCAAGAAAGUACUAGUCUCGGAUCUGCUGCUCACCCAUUACGAUCCAUCCUUACCCAUUGUAGUGGCAUCAGACGCAUCAAACUACGGCAUGGGAGCAGUUAUUUCUCACAUCAUGCCAGAUGGAUCCGAGAAAGCGAUAUCACAUGCGGCUAGAUCGUUAACGUCAGCAGAACGUAACUAUAGUCAGAUCGAGAAGGAAGCAUUGUCGAUUAUCUUCGCUGUCAAGAAGUUUCACAAGAUGAUAUUUGGACGUCAGUUCACCCUAUUAACUGACCAUAAACCAUUACUAGCCAUCUUUGGGUCGAAGAAAGGUAUACCGGUAUACACAGCAAACAGACUGCAACGUUGGGGGACCACACUUCUGGGUUACGACUUCAAGAUCAAGUAUCAGUCUACUACCGCUUUCGGGCAAGCUGACGCAUUGUCGAGAUUAAUAGGCUCCCAAUCGAAAACCCCGGAGGAGACUCUUGUAGCAAAUAUAAAAGCCGAGGAAGAAGUUCAUCGCGUGUUGGAUGACGCAGUUAAUGGACUCCCAGUAACCUUUGAAACUAUCAAGAAGAUAACUGAAAGUGAUAAGAUACUGAGCUCAGUUAAAUGCUAUCUCUUGACCAAAUGGCCAAACAAUCGCCUCGACGGAGAACUUUUGCAAUAUUUUCGUCGACGGGACUCUCUAAUGGUUGUUGACUCCUGUAUUAUGUUCGGUGAUCGCAUUGUUAUUCCGAAGUUAUUACGUCACAAGGUUCUCAAGCAGUUUCACAGUGGCCAUCCUGGAAUCAGUAAAAUGAAAUCUUUGGCUCGUAGCUAUGCUUAUUGGCCGUCAAUGGACAAAGAUAUCGAGAAUAAAUGCCGUAACUGUUCAUCAUGUAUUCAAGCCGCUAAAAAUCCUUCGAAAUGCGAACCUCAGUGUUGGCCUAUGCCCGCGGGACCCUGGGUAAGACUUCACGCAGAUUUUGCCGGUCCAAUCCAAGGGAAAAUGUUUCUAAUUAUCGUAGAUGCAUUCACUAAAUGGCCGGAAGUAUACAUCAUGCCAAAUUGUACAACGUCAGAAACGAUCCGCAAGUUGUCUACCCUAUUUAGCAGUUUCGGAGUACCAGAGACCUUAGUGACGGAUAACGGCUCUCAGUUUGCCGCAGAAUCGUUUAAACAUUUCUGUAGAACAAACGGAAUAAAUCAUCUUCGUUCUCCACCCUAUCAUCCACAAUCAAACGGACAAGCAGAGCGCUUUGUGGACACUUUUAAACGAGCAUUACUGAAAGGGGGAGGAGAAGGGACGACUGAGCAGGUGAUCACAAAAUUUUUAACAUCAUACAGAUCCACCCCAAACCCAAAUGUUCAAGACGGCAAAUCUCCCGCGGAAGCCAUGUUUGGAAGGCGUAUUCGAACAGUCUUCGAUGCCAUGUUGCCAUCCAAACUAGUGGAUGAGCGUAGUCGCGAUCCAAGUAUCCGGAACUUCAGUAUUGGCGACAAAGUCUACAUUAAAUCCUACAUCGGGAAGAACCGAUGGGAGCCGGGCGAAGUGGUGCAAAAACUGGGAAGAGUACUGUACAAAGUUCGAGGAGCUUUUGGGACAUGUAUACGUCACACAAAUCAAAUCCUUAAGGACAAAAGAACAGUGCAGACUCGAAGUAACCGGCCGACUUUCCCGUUAGAUUUAAUCUUAGACGCACCAAUGCCACAAACGCCCAGGAACACUGAAAAGAAGUCUUGGACAAGAAAGACGACAAGAAUAAUGGGACGCCGUCGCAAUCCAGUUAUCAAACUACAAGUGGAUCCCAGAAAGAAAUCUUAUUCGGGGGAGGUGUUGGGUCGGCUUCCGGAGAACUUCAACGGAGCCUCCAGAGGCCCACAAGGAGCCGAAGAGUCCUGGCCAAUCAGAGUGUGAUGGAACGUUCUAGAAUUCCAACGUGGCGUGCUACUAUUGGUCGGUAGCAUAAUGUGUUGUUAUCGGAUUGGCUGUAAAAUGAUGUUGAUUUAACAGACGCCAAAAUCUAUAAAUACCCAUGAUUUUCUGUACAAAAAUGAACCUUGGAAUAAAGUGCUUUCUCUCAUUCUUGUGUCUUCUCUCUGGAGUUCAAGUCGCUGUGUAGUUCUAGACUGCGGGUUAUCGGAAUAGCUUAGGAAUCGUAUAUAGCGUUCAACCUACACGACUUAUCAAUU